UGAUGAGUCAACAUCAACGCAGUAGGGCAGCGAAGAUGUGAAAUUCUGUCGCCCACAUCUGCAAAAGAAAUCUGUAUCCAAUUCCCUAAAAGCCUCUCUCCCCACUGAACUGGAAGUGACGACAUCUUGAAGUUAGGUCCUCAGGACACCCAGUGAUCUGUGCGAAAGACCCUUGAAACUUUACCACACACUGCAGAAAACAGUCUGCCUCUAUAAUGACACCCAGUGGUCAGUUUUAGCCUUAAGCUUCAGCUUGUAAUUUGAUGUGGCUGUUUGGACUGGCCUUCCUCAGCCUCCGCUCUCAGACUAACCGUGUCAGUAGAAAAUAGUGACUGCCACUGAGUCUGACCAAACGAGGCACCUUUUAUGAAAGUGCACAUUUAUUUCUGGGAUUCGUCCCAGAUGGAAAAGAAAGAAGGAGGGGAGAAUCAUCUCAAAGCUGAGCCAUGGCAGCUGAUCUGGAUGUGGUGAACCUGUGUAUUAUUGCUGGAGGAACACUGGCUAUUCCCAUCCUGGCCUUUCUGGCUUCCUUUCUUCUCUGGCCCUCUGCAUUAAUUAAAGUGUAUUACUGGUACUGGAGGAGGACUCUGGGCCUGCAGGUGGGCUAUGCGGAUUGUGGUGGUUAUCGCUUUUGUUACUCCUACAGAGGAAAGCCUGGAAUGAGACCUUCGAUCUUAAUGCUGCAUGGCUUCUCUGCUCACAAAGACACAUGGCUCACUGUUGUCAAGUAUCUGCCAAAACAUCUGCACAUAAUGUGUGUGGACAUGCCUGGACAUGAGGGGACAACACGCACCAACACAGAUGAUUAUUCCAUUCAGGGGCAGGUCAAAAGGAUCCAUCAGUUUGUGGAAACCAUCCGCUUAAACAGGAAACAGUUCCAUCUGGUUGGAACCGGCAUGGGGGGAAAUGUGGCCGGGGUUUACGCAGCCUGCUAUCCCUCAGAAAUCUGUAGCAUGACUCUCAUCUGUCCAGACGGAAUAAGACAUCCGUGUGAGACCAAGUUUGACAAUCAUGUGCAGGACCUGGAGCACAGCAAUUACACCCUGAACAUCCCGCUGAUCCCCACUACACCCGAGGAGAUGGAGGAUAUGUUCAAACUGUGCUCCCAUGUUCGCUUUAAAAUUCCUCAGCAGAUCCUUCAAGGCCUGGUAGAUGUCCGAGAGCCUCACAACACAUUUUACCAAGAAGUUUUUAUGGAGAUUGUAGGUGAGAAAUCAAGAUACGCCUUACAGGACCACUUGCAUCUAAUAACCACACCUUUACAAGUGAUAUGGGGCAAACAAGACCAGGUGGUGGAUGUCUCUGGAGCGGCAGUGAUUGCAGAGACCUUGCCUGGAUGCAGAGUGGACCUGCUGGAGAACUGCGGACACUCUGUGGUGAUGGAGAGGCCUUCUCGGACAGCCAAACUCAUUCUGGAGUUCAUCAUCUUGCAGCAAAAUGCCAGAAGUGGCACAAAGAAAGCCACCUGACCUAAAGACUUUUCAUCGUUUCUUGUUAUGCUAAUGCUCCAAGUGCUCCUGCUUUUGUAGAGAACAUGCAGACACUUCAAAAAAACUGUACAAUUAAGAUAGUAAGCAAUUAUUGAAGGCUUCCUGCAUUUCUUCAGUGUGAUUGAAUCGCAUUUCUGUUGUAACACAAGCUGCAUGACGAUAAUAAAACGACCAUGCGUUUA